AUGUCUGAGUUGCAGGAUGGCUCGGCGGUGAACGGGGAAAAGUACGUCGAGGGCCACCCGGUUUUCAUGGGAUGUAAUGGUGUGGUCACGUUCGGUCCCGGCGAGUCCAUUCGGACAUUUCAGAUCCAGAUCAUAAACGAUGAUGCCUUCGACACAACGUUGGAGUUUGACGUGGUUCUGGAAGAUGCAGAGAACUGCUUGCUGGACCCACGAGGAAGCAAGUGCGCAGUGAUGAUAUUGGACGACGACGUGUUUCCAUCCAACACGUACCGAGAGGUGAUCAUGGAGCACGACGAGGAGGCCCUUUAUGAGAUUGGCUUCGGCUUGCUCUACUCCUUCAUGCGCUUUAGCUUUGCUCAUGUUCCGGAGAUUUGGUGGAAGACACUUCUGGUGCUGCUUUUGGCGAAUCUGGGGAACAUGUACUACUUCGCGACAAUUUUUCUCAGGGUCUACCUGGUGGACACCGUGUUGAACACGGAGGAUCCAAGCACGUUGGACCGUCUUUGGAUUCCUGGCGAUCGAGAUGGCACAGCUGUUGCCUUGGGGCUGGCCUGGAUCCUGCCAAAUUUCAUUCUUUUGGCAUCGGACUACUUUGAGAUGGCCGUGUUGGAGAUGGGCUUCAACAUCCGGUACCAUCUCCGGGUCAACCUUUUUCGCAAGUAUCUGCGCUACACGCCUGAGUCCCGGGCGAAGGUUCCCAUCCAGGACCUGAAGAUCAGCAUCAUGGAGGACAUCCCUGACCUUGUGGCUGACGGUUAUUUGAUCAUCUUUGAGCUCUGGGCCAUGUUCGGCAAGAUCGUCAUGGUGGGCAUUUUCAUGGCGCGGAAGCACCCGCGCAGUGCGUUCCCUCUCUUUGUGUACCCGAUCCUCAUCCUCAUCUACUUGGUCCGCACCUACCGGCGCAGGCUCGACCUGAUGGCCAAGGAAGGCGAGGGGCAGAGUGCCACGAUCGGCACCCUGAUGCACGUGAAUAAUGCGCAAAAGCUCAUAGGUUGCUACAACAAGCGCAGUUUUGUGGUGCGACGGUUCGAGGAGACGCUCCGAAACCAAAGGAAGUACGUCAUGGACCUGAAGUUCUUCAACUUCUGGAACCAGCAGCUCAUCCCCUGGAUCACGCUCCUGGCCAUCGGCACCUACAUAGGACUCUCCUCCAGGUUGGUCUUGGGUGGCAACACCUCGCUGGGCUCCUUCCUUGCCACGAUCAACGUCUACAAGGAUCUUGGAGACAGGUUUUCCACGAUUCUGGAAGGCUUGGAGUGCCUGAGCAAGGCCAUCAGCCCACUGGCGGGUCUCACCAUGCAGUUCAACCUUCCCAUUGACAUACCGGAACGGAGCGAAGUCUAUCGCCGACGCGAGGAGUUCGUGAUGGGGCUGUCGACUGCACCCAUGUUUGACGCGAUUCCCAUCGUUUUCCAGAAUGUCAGCAUUGAGUACGCUCCAAGCAUGCACGGCCUGUCUACACAGGCGCCGCAAGGGUCAAUCAUCCAGAUCGUGGGGCCCCAUGACUCAGGCAAAGGGUCCAUCUUGAAGAAGAUUGGCGAUCUCGUGCCGACGUCUGCGGGCCGUGUCAUGAUUUCUCCACACUUGAUGGUCCUACAAGUGCCCCACGAGCCACUUUUCAUAGAGAAGGCUGGCCUGCUGGGAAACCUGAGUCUUGCGCGACACCUGGAGUCGGCGCAAGACCUAGGGGAUGCCGAUCGCGGGCGCAGAAUCUUGCGCCGGCUUGGCUUGGACAAGGACUGGAUAAUGGAUCUCUACGAUGCCGAGGAGCGGGCCUUCAUCAAGAAGACGCAGAUGCUCGAGGAUCCAGCAAAGGACAGCCCUUUUGGCGCCUGCUUCUCGGGAGACGAAGAAGGAGAGGAGGACGAGGAAGAGGAGGACCCGACCCCGACCUGGGCACAACAGCUCAGUGGCAGCGAGAAGUGGCGCUUUCAGCUGGCCAGGGCAUUCGUCCACGAUCCUCAUGUCCUGCUGGUGCACCGCCCUGCUGAUGAGUUGGACCCAGCCAUGCAGGAUACGGUGCUCAAUUGUUUCCGCGAUUUCGUCGACCGCAGGGGACUGGAGAUCAGCGAGAACAUUGGAGGCCAGCUGCCACAAGGAAAGCGGCGUCCAAGGACCGUGAUCUUCACCACCGGUGGUGCGACCCAGAUUAAGAUCGCCGAUUAUGUGUGGCGCGUCGGCUCCGGUGGGGUCAGCGUGGAGAAGUCAGCGAGACUUGCACCCGGUCCAUCUUGGCCCGGCUCUGGAGCCCUUGUGAGUCGUCACUGA